AGAGCUGCGCCAGUGUGCCGGGUGUCACUGUGGAAGGAAGGUGCGUCUGUGCGCGUGCUUUAAACGGUGGAAACAGCAACUGCAAUGGACUGCUAACAUAUCAAGAGACUUAAAGAGGCAGUGCAAAUCGAAGGCAGUGGAAGGUGCGCGCGAUGACGUCGAGCGUCGGCCUGCGGAACGGAGAGCUCGGGCUGCCGUGGUCGCAGCUGGAGUACCCCCCAAAAGCAUACACCGCCAUGGCCAUCCCGGCCACCGCGGCCACCAUGGGCUCCGCUGGCUCGCUCGCUGGCCUUUGGGCGGGCGACGGCAGCGGGUUGGCAGCCCACAUUGCGAGUGCCAUGCCCACGCCGCCCGAGUCCCCCCCGCCGGGACGCCUGGCCGCCGCCCACGAGGAGGGCAGUCAUACUGGCCUUACAGAUGAAACAACCACAAAGUUAGGGCUGCACAAUCUGCUGCAAGUGUCCACAAGCAACUCUGACCGAUAUUACUUGACUCGAAAAUGCUGCUAUGUCUUCCAUUGCUUGAAUCUCAGAACCAGCUUCAACUAUCCAACUAUACCGAACAAGAUGGUGAUACAAGAUGAACGAGUCUCUUCAGCCAUAGAGCAGGCAGUGUUGGAGGAGAUGGAAGAGAAAGGAGUCGAGGCCAGUGACGACAAGACCUACUAUAGCCUUGUUGCGCAGCACACAGCCAGGGCAAACAACCUUCUAAACAACAUGAAGGCUGCUAUAUCUAGUACACUUAUAAGAUUAACGGGCUAUGUGUUGUUCAAAGUGUUUAGCAACCUGUUGAUGUCAGUGACUGUUCAUGGGGGUCAGCAGGAGGUCAUAGAGAGGGCUUCACGCAGGGACACACCUGUUAUCUUCGUCCCUCUGCAUCGUUCCCAUGUUGACUAUCUGUUUGUUACCUGGGUUCUCUUCAACCGUCAAAUUGCAGCACCCAUAGUUGCUGCAGGAGACAAUCUUCGGAUCCCUGUUUUUGGAUGGUUGCUCCGAGGUCUUGGUGGAUUCUUCAUUAAGCGUCGCCUUGAAAGCUGCAAGGCACGCAAGGAUAUUGUGUACCGCUCGGUAUUACAGACAUAUGUUACUCAUGCAUUGCAAGCAGGAUAUAACUUGGAAUUCUUUAUUGAAGGAGGUCGAACUCGCACAGGCAAACCCUGCAUGCCAAAAGGGGGUUUGUUGAGUGUUAUAGUAGAUGCUUAUAUGAAUGGCACCUUGGAUGAUGCUCUUAUUGUUCCUAUUGCCAUUAAUUAUGACAAACUGCUUGAUGGAAACUUCAUCCGAGAGCAAAUGGGACAAAGCAAGGUCCCUGAAUCAUUUUGGGGAGCAGUAAGGGCAAUAAUAAAAGUACUGUCAACUAAUUAUGGUCAGGCAAGAAUCGACUUUGCACAGCCGUUUAGCCUGCGAGAGUUUGUCCAGAACAGCAAGAUUGUCAUACCUCAGUUUACCAUUAGUCAGCCCCGGAAUCAGACUGCCAAUCAACCUCACAGUCAGCCACUUCUUGGUUGCACUCCUCCAAACUCUCCUAGUCCAAUGAGCCUUACUCCACCAUCUGAUGAAGGUCCACAGACUCUACCUCCACAUCCUUUAGAUGCAUCCUCCCUCUCAGUCACAGGAAAAGGGCAUCAAAGAUCUUUUUCAAGUCCAGCAACAAAUAAUCACCUAACACUGAAGAGGAGCUCCUCCAAUCCUUCCAGCAACAUUAAUGCCGUCAAUCGCUCAUGUAACAAUCUCCAUGGAGCCCGCAGCAGCUCCUCCUUGUUUGGUUCUGAAGUUACUGAAGAAUACAGAUCCCUGAUUAAGGCACUAUCGCAGCAUAUUGUUUAUGAUGCUGAACGAUGCCAAGCUAUUAUGUCAACAAAUGCUGUUGCUUGGCUAUUGCUCUUUGUAUACCGUGAAGGCACUACACGCUCAACCCUGGUUAAGGCUCUUGAUGCUUUGCGAGAGUCCUUAAGGACAAAGGAGCGUGAUACUGGAUUCUCAGGCAGUUCAAAAGACAUUGUUAAGCAUGCUGUGCGAUUAUUAGGAGCUGGUCUUGUCAGAGUAGAGGAAUCUAAAUCUACUGAUGGAACAGAGGUUGUGAUCAAGCCAAUAACACUCCUGCCAAAUAUAAUUGAACUCAGUUACUAUGCUAGUGCUCUUUCUCCAGUUUUUGCACUUGAUGCUAUUGUUGCAACCAGUCUGUUGUCAAUGCUUAGCUGUGAUCUGUGGAGCUACAGAGACUGCUCACCCGACAUACUGAUAGACAGGGAAAAGCUCAUCAAACGAGCAGCUCACUUAUCAAAACUUUUAGAGUACGAAUUUAUCCUGACGCCCCCAUGUGGAAGUUUGGAAGCCAAAAUCCACCAAACCGUUGACAACUUGGUGGUUACAGGCCUACUGGUAGAUGCAGGGAAAACUGGUUCAAGAUGGAUUGAGGACUCUGAUGAGGAUGAUGUGUCCUAUUCUCAGUGUUAUAAGGUGUCACCUUCAACUGCCCUUUUGGAAGUUAUUGGAGCUUGGAAGUCAAUGAUCGCUCCAAUGUUGGACGCAUAUUACUGCACUGCUUGUAACUUGCAAAUGCUGGUUGGCAGACAGGUACCUGAUGUAAAGUUCAUCCAGAAUACACAAAGCUACAUAAAUGACUUACUGCAGAAGGGCUCACUGAGAUAUGGGGAGAGUAUAUGUGUGGAUCCCAUCCGUAAUGCUGUCAAGCUUUUUGAGUCCCAGUCGAUCAUAGAAAGUUACACCCAUGACAGCGUUCGGUUGUUGUACCUCAGCACCCACUACGACUCAGAAGAACAGCUUAGUUCCCUAUUGCUUGAUAUCGAUAGUUUUAGAUCUUGAAUCUGCUGUGAGAGAAAAAGAAAAUUGUUUGUGUAAAUUGCUCCACCUUUCACCUGUAAAAAGAACAGCAGUGCAUUUUGAUCAUUAGAUUUACAGGGAAUUUUGUUUCUUAAUUAGGAUAGUUUGGUGAGGAUUGCAUUUUUUCUGUUAAUAUUGAUAAUGAUGAUGAACAUACUAUAAAAUAUUUUCAUAAUCUUUGAUAUAGUUUUGUUGUUUUUAUUAUCAUUAUUAUUAUUGUUAUUAUCAUUAUUACUGUUAUUACUACUACUA